AUACGCUAACGCAGAGACGCAGCCGCGUGUAAAAAGAAAUCUUAACGAAUAGAAAUUAAUCGGCAUUGCCGCGAAACUAAAAAAUUAUUAUAAGCGUUGAAAUUUAAUAACGCAUAAUAAGCCGAAAUUGUUUUUUUGGAAAGUGCACAACGGCCGCUGUUGCUGCGUCUGCGUCGCUACGCGUUUGUGUUUGUGUGUGUGAAAGGAAGAGAAGUGGCAUACAAAAAAGUGUACAGCCGUGUGGUGGUUGUAAGAGACGCGCAGACGCGACGGCCUGCGUCUAAUUAAAAAUCCCAAAAAUAGCAGUGCACAAAUAUCCAACAGAAAUUAAUAAAAAUUACAAGAUAUUGUCCAACAGUCAACUAAAACACAUAAAACAAUAACAAAAUGGGUUGUGCCGUGAGUACAGCGCGAGAUAAAGAAGCCACGGAACGUUCGAAGAACAUCGAUAGAGCGUUACGGGCAGAGGGCGAACGUGCCGCCUCGGAGGUGAAAUUGCUGCUUUUGGGCGCCGGCGAAUCUGGCAAAUCGACAAUAGUAAAGCAGAUGAAAAUCAUUCACGAGACUGGCUACUCUCAGGAGGAAUGCGAGGAGUAUAAACGCGUUGUCUACAGCAAUACAAUACAGAGCCUUAUGGUCAUAAUACGUGCGAUGGGAAGGUUAAAAAUCGAAUUUACCGACCCCAGUAAGACGGAAAUCGCACGUCAGUUCUUCACACAUGCUUCAGCCGCUGACGAGGGUAUUCUCCUGCCGGAGAUCGUGCUGCUGAUGAAGAAACUGUGGUCCGAUGGCGGUGUCCAGCAAUCGUUUGCGCGCUCUCGGGAAUAUCAGUUGAACGACUCAGCCGGCUAUUAUCUAAAUUCGUUGGAUCGUAUUGCGCAGCCGAACUAUAUACCCACGCAGCAGGAUGUCCUACGCACGCGCGUCAAGACCACGGGCAUCAUUGAAACACAUUUCACCUGCAAGCAGCUCCACUUUAAACUUUUCGAUGUGGGUGGCCAACGUUCGGAGCGUAAGAAAUGGAUACAUUGCUUUGAGGGUGUGACUGCCAUUAUCUUUUGCGUAGCACUGUCAGGCUACGAUUUGGUUCUUGCCGAAGACGAAGAAAUGAAUCGGAUGAUUGAAUCACUAAAACUGUUUGACUCCAUUUGCAAUUCCAAAUGGUUUGUGGAAACCUCUAUAAUACUCUUUCUGAACAAAAAAGAUUUGUUCGAGGAGAAAAUCAAGCGAUCUCCAUUGACGAUAUGCUUUCCCGAAUACACAGGUUCGAAUACCUUUGAGGAAGCCGCCAACUACAUCCGCAUGAAAUUCGAAAAUCUCAACAAACGAAAAGACCAAAAGGAAAUCUACACGCACUUGACCUGCGCAACAGAUACGAAUAAUGUGAAGUUUGUUUUCGAUGCGGUCACCGAUGUCAUUAUCAAGAAUAAUUUAAAGCAAAUUGGUCUUUUCUGAUCUGAGGGAUCGGGGGCGUUAAUUUAAAAUGGCGUAGUAUUAAAGGAGAACAUAAAACAUUUCCAUGAUUUGCAUUUGCAUAGAAAACGUACACAUACCGCUAUAAUAAACAAUUAAAUAUAUCACAUAUACGCGCUAUAUAUACAUACGUACAUAACACACACAAUAUACCUAUACAUAUGUAGUGAUACAGUUUUAACGCUUUACUUGCUUACAAAUACCGAUUUUCGUUGCCAGUAGUCAAGGGGGGUUUCAGCAGUGAAUGAACAAAUAACAGCUUACUUUACUUUACAAAAUAACUAAUUUAAUGAAACUGUAAUUUUACAAAUUUAACACACAAAAAACAUGCAUACAUAUGUAACUACUAGUGAGCAGAGCUUUUAAAAGAUAGUUACCUAAACUUGUUUGCUCUACAAAUUUGGGUACUUAUCUUUGAGGAUAUUUGUAUGUAGUCUAAUUAAGUUGUUGAACAAAUUUAGUCCAUUCGGCCAAAUUGCAUUGCCCAAAAGUAACGCAUACAAUCGUGUGUUCACUGUACUCAUUCGCGAUUCUCUUUCAUCUACUUUUACGCAAUGCAAUUCUUGAUUUCAUUAACAUUGGCAGCACUGCAAAACAGAUGCCCUGCUAACUUUGCCAAGAGGUAAGCUGCGCACUCAAUUUAGUGAGAGUGUUAGCUGCGACAUGCUUUUAAGCCCUUUUAAUGUAACUAGAACACUUACUAAUAAUUUAGUAAUAGCAUAAGCAAAAUAAAAACAAUUUAAUACAAUCGGAA